AUAUUCAUGCAACCUGUCGAUCCGGUCGAACUCAACUUGCCGGACUACUUCGAUAUAAUCAAGAAUCCAAUGGAUCUAGGGUCAAUUAAAAAACGCAUGGAAAAUAACUGCUACAAGUCCAUAUCUGAAUUUGGGUCUGACGUACGGCUCACGUUCGACAAUGCAAUCUCGUAUAACGGAGAUGGCUCGGAUGUUUGCAAAGUUGCACGUGAAAUGAAAGCUGUUUUUGAGAAGUUGUAUCAUGCCAUGAUCACAAGUAUUGAAGCCGAGGAAGAGCAUCGCAAGUCAAAUGGCGAUGUGUGCGUGCUCUGUGGUUGCGAAAAGUUGCUUUUUGAACCCACGGUCUACUACUGCAAUGGCUCCUGCAAUGGACAACGAAUCCGGAGGAAUUCGUAUUAUUACACUGGAGGGCGAAAUCAGUAUCACUGGUGUCAACAAUGUUUUAAUGAAUUACGCGAAAAGGAACCACUCGAGUUUGCGGAUUGCACCCUGUGGAAGAAAGAAUUGCAGAAGAAGAAAAAUGAUGAGAUGCACGAAGAGCCUUGGGUUGAAUGCUCGCAAUGCAACCGAUGGGUGCACCAAAUCUGCGCCUUAUUCAAUGGCCGCAUGAACAAAGGAACCACUAUCUAUCACUGCCCAUUUUGUUUUAUGGCAAGACGCGGCGCCAAAGAGCCACAUGCGAAGCCACUUGGCGCCAAAGAGAUCCGCCACACCAAAAUGUCACGUUUCCUCGAAGAUCGAGUGAUCAAGUCGCUAGAUGAUGCAUAUGCACUUAGGUCUUCAAAUGGGGUCCCCCAUUUGACAGCAUCUGCUGUGUAUGUGCGUCAGUUAUCUAACAUUGAGAAAGCGCAUCAGGUGAAACCUAGAAUACUUCAGCGUUAUGCAGAUCAGAAAUAUCCACGCGAGUUUCCAGUUCGAUCAAAAUGCAUCCUCCUCUUUCAAGAAAUGGAUGGUGUUGAUGUCAUUCUAUUUGGAAUGUACUUGUACGAAUAUGGCCAUAACUGCCCCCAACCAAAUCAACGACGCGUCUAUGUCAGCUAUCUUGAUUCAGUCUACUACUUUCGACCGCGGCAAUACAGAACGCUUGUCUAUCAUGAGAUGCUCAUUGCUUAUCUAGCCCACACGAAGGAGCGCGGUUUCCACACCGCGCAUAUUUGGGCAUGCCCCCCCUGCAAGGGCGAUGAUUACAUUUUCUUUUGUCACCCAGAGGACCAGAAAACUCCCAAGGAUGAUCGUCUUCGCUCAUGGUACAUAACCCUACUAGAAAAAGCGAAGGAAGAGGGUAUUGUCACUCACAUCACGAAUCUCUGGGACGAACAUUUCCAGGCAGACUACGAUGUGAAUCAUAUUCCUUAUUUUGAGGGUGAUUAUUGGCCCGGUGAGGCUGAAAACGUGGUCAAGGCUCUUGAAGACGAGGCCAAUGAGCGAAACGAAUCUAAAUCUCGUAAAGCAGGGAGUGCUACCAAAUCAAAAGCAAAAAUGAAAGGGCGAACGCAGCGCGGCCUUCGAUCAGAUGGCUCCAUAGAGGAGGAAAAUGGGCAGGAUGCACUUGUCGCACGAAUGGGCAAAAUUCUAGAACCAAUGAAAGACGCCUUCAUCGUAGCAUACUUGCAGCCACGUGACUUUGCUCAUGUCAUGGAAGGACGAUAUGAAAGAGAGCAGAAACGGUUGUUGGGCGAUGAUGUUCCAAAAUCCAACGCGGGAAGUCCAGCCGGCCAAGUCCUUAAUAGCGAGGUGUCUGCGGAGUGCUCAUCACCACCAUCAGAUACAGUGGGAGCUCCAGUGAUAUCAACGAACAUUGCCGAGCCCACGGUUCGAUUGGAUGUCACUCAUCCCGUGUCAAAUAAUGAAGAUAAUCAGGCCCCGACUGAACCAACCGCUGACGUCAACGCAAAACCUAGCCACGGUAAAGCCUUCGACGAAACAGAAGAUACCGACGAAAUCAUUGAAUCUGAGUUUUAUGAUACGCGACAGCAAUUUCUGAAUCUGUGUCAAGGAAAUCAUUAUCAAUUCGAUGAUCUACGGCGGGCCAAACAUACCUCAAUGAUGUCGCUAUAUCACAUGCACAAUCCAGAUGUACCAAAAUUUCUUGUAACGUGCUCAAAUUGCAAUGUUGACAUAAAUUCUGGCUACUGCUAUACCUCAGAAAAAGAUACUGAGUUUCAUCUUUGUCAGGACUGCUAUCAAAAGAUGCACAAGGUUUUCGCUGACAAAUUUCCUUUUCGAAGGUCUGUUGUUGGAAGUGAUUCCCAGGCCCAGCUCACCGAAGAGCAACGUCGUGACCGCCAUCGCUCCAUACAAUUGCAUAUGCAGCUACUUCAGCACGCUUCUGGCUGCCGAAACCAACAAUGCCCUUCAGCGAACUGCAACAAAAUGAAGAAUCUGUUGAAGCACGGAGCGACUUGCGUGACACGUGUACAGGGCGGCUGCGCUAUUUGCCGCCGUAUUUGGGCACUGUUGCAGAUUCAUGCGCGUCAAUGUCGCCGUGAUGCGUGUAUGGUACCUAAGUGCAGGCAGCUCAAGGAACAGUUGAGGGCUCUUGCCCAACAACAAGCCCAAAUGGAUGAACGUCGCCGAGCAGCAAUGAACGCUGCUUAUCGCAGGGAGGGCUCCAAAGCGGCCGUAUAACUGCAGCCGUCUUGCGGAGGUCGCUCGGGCCCUCAUGAAGUAGAAUGAAAUGUCGUACUAGCAUAAUUGUGAAAGAAGUCAAGCUAACAAUGGCCAGUGCAGCGAUGCGAUGCCCCAGCGAUGCGAUGCGAUUCACUCUCUAGAACGUGGAUUCGCCCCUGGGUGUCCGCCAUCCUGGACGUAGUGCCUUUGUUGGCUGAGGAACAUCUGCAUCACAGUAGUUAGGGCUCAGCCUCCGACAGACGCCGGGGGUCGCCCAACGCACUACAAUAGCCACGUUGGCCGCGAUGGCACGCAUACCACACGAGCACCCGGAGCGAGCCCUAGUCGACUAACCCUCGGAGUUUUGCUCAU